AUGAUAAUUGUUGCUAUAUUACUAACCUUGACAGCUUCAUUGAAAAUCUCUUUUGAUGAUUCUUUGGUCAGUUUGUUUGACAACGAGAGCGACUUUUUCAGUGAUGAUGACAUCGACAGCUUCAUGACCUUUUUUGAAAACGAUGAUUUUGACCUUCUUUUAAAAGAUGAGGAGUGGGGUGAAAAAUUCAAAGAGUCUGCAAAAGCAAUCGCGGACAAAGCUGCUGCUUGGAUGGAGAAAAAUGGUCCUGCUGUAACAGAAACCAUUUCUAAAGUGACUAAAAUUGCUGGCACUGUCAACAAGGUAGCCAAAGUUGUUGGUGGUGUUGCCAAAGUCGCAUCAUUCAUCCCUGGUGUUAAUGUGGUCGCUGCACCGAUUGCGACAGCUGCUUUUGCUGUUGAAAAAGUAUCUGGAGCUGUUAAAACUGUAGGAGGGAUAGCGGAGAAGACGAUGAACAUUGCUAGUAAGACAGCAACUGGAUACAAAGAGGGUGGAGGUAAAGAGGCGAUUAAGAGACUUGCAAAGGAGACUGGAAAGGAGGUAGUCAAAUGGGGAGUAAACAAAGUUGUGAGUAAGGCAACUGAUACUUUAACUGAUGCUGGGAUGAAAGUACUUCAAGGAAAGUCGUUAGAUUUGUCGAAGAAGAACUUGAAGAGCAAAGCAGCAGAAGCACUCAAAAGUCCGUUUGAUUAUAAAAAGAAUAUAAAAGACUUUAAGACGAAAACACUGGGCGAAUUCACUCCGAAAACUAUGAAAAAGAAUUUGAAUAAAGUGUGGAAAGAAACACGAUUAAAAUCCCAAAAGAAAGUUGAUUUGAAGAGACUCUCAAGCACUUUUAAGAACAAAGAGUCUGUUAAGGAUUUUCAAAAAUCGAAAUUGGGUCAACGAUUCAAUAAAAAGUUGGGCGAAUACGUAAAGGAUCAAGCAAAAACAGGACUAAAGAAUCAGAUCAAAAACGGACUUGCGCCAGUAAAGGAUGGAGCUAUUAAAACGGUGAACGGUGCGAUAGACAAGCUGUUCCCUGAUGCUAAAAAACCCGGGAAGGCAAAUUUAACAAAGAAAAACAAGUUGGGUGCUUUGAAAAUUAAAAUACCAAAGGUUGGAGUGACACUGAAAGCAAAAGACUCUUCAAAAAAAGGAAAGAAGCCUAUCCCAGUUAAAGGCCCAAUCGUCCCUGCUUUUGCUAAGAAAAAAAUAACUUUGAAACCACAAAAAGGUGGAGCCGGCAAAAGUUUUGCUUCUCCCAAAAGUAAAUUAAAAAUCGCUGCUCCAAAGAAAGCGACAUUAACAAAACCAAAAAAUACACAGAAGCCAAAAACGAAGCCCAUUGCCAAAAAGUCUGCGCCAAAGCCAAAAGCUAAAAUCGCGAUCAAAAAAGUUGCUCCAAAACCUAAGCCAAAGCCUGUUGUCAAGAAGAUCGCUCCAAAACCAAAACCAGUCGUAAAAAAGGCUGCUCCAAAACCAAAACCCGUGAUCAAAAGAGUCGCACCUAAACCAGCACCAAAGAGAGUAGCACCUAAACCAGUAAAAGCAUCAAUAAAAAAGAGAAAGUGA